AUGGCAAGUUUAUUUCGUAAUUCACGAUUUAUGUUAACACAUGCUUCAUGUAUUCGUCGUGCAGCAGGAACAACAAGUACAUCGAGUGGUACGCCUAGUACACAACCAUCGGGUGCUUCAGGAAAUCUUUCACAAGCAUCACGCUCUGCUGAUGGAACUGACAUGGCCAUGCGAGAUGCUAAACAACGAGGCACAUUAAACGAUCCAAUUAAACCAAAACCAGCUGGUGAAUCAUCUCAUACUCCUCAAGUUGGCACAUCAUUGAAUACAUGGGGUAAAAUUGGUUUUGGAGUUAUUUUGGCCAUUAGUUCUUAUUUUAUUUAUAUUAAUUAUAUAAAAAAUCCAGAAUUUUCGAAGAGUUUAAAAUUAAGCAAAGAAGCAAGUAAACGAGAUGCGCACGAACAACAAUCCGUUGAUCGGGAUGCAGCAAGUAGUAAAAAGCAUUGA